AUGUUCGCCCGCGCGAUGCAAGCUCAUGCGGCGCCGCGUGCCGUCGCAACCGCCGCCCGCCGCACGCGACCCGCGAGCUUCAACGCGCCGACCCUGCCAGCACUCCUUCGAAGCUUCACCAAGAGCUCUAGUGUGGCACAGAUGCUGGAUAAGAGCCCACAGCUUCGCCCAAACUUCGUGACUCGCCAGCUCCAGGUCCCCGUCGACCCAACCGCUGCCCGCGAGCCCUUGGGCGAGGCCAUCCCCGACACGCCAAUCGCCGUCCUCCGCACCGUCACCGGCAUCCGCGACUGGGCCUCCCUCUCCUGCGCCCGCUCAUACAGCGACGAUGACCAAGGUCUUGCCCUUGUGCCCACCAUGGGAGCCCUGCACGACGGCCACCUGCGCCUGAUCCGCGAGGCGGUGCGCCGCGGUCACAACAAGAUCGUCGUGAGCAUCUACGUCAACCCCGCCCAGUUCGGCGUCACCGAGGACCUUGAUAGCUACCCCAAGACCUGGGGUGCCGACUGUGCCGUGCUCAGGGCGCUCUACGAGGAGUUGAACGCCGAGUACACGGCUACCGCGCGGCCGGGUCCCAACUCCCAGCCGCAGCUCGAGAUGGCCGUCUUCGCGCCCACCACCCCCGAGAUGUACCCCUCCGGCUUUCCCGGACAGGAGGUAGACUCGGACGGGAGCUUCGUUACCAUCACCCCCGUGGGUGGGCUGCUCGAGGGCAAGACGCGCCCCACCUUCUUCCGCGGCGUCGCCACCGUGUGCAUGAAGCUGUUCAACAUCGUCCAGCCGUCGCGCGUCUUCUUUGGCCAGAAAGACGUGCAGCAGACCGUUGUCAUCCGCAAGAUGGUUCGCGACUUCUGCAUGCCUCUCGAGGCCGUCGUCGUGCCCACCGUCCGGGACGAGGGCGACGGGCUGGCGCUGAGCAGCCGCAAUGUCUACCUGGGCACGAGGAGGCGGAAGGUUGCGCCUGUGCUGAUACGCGCGCUGAGUGCUGCGGAGCGUGCCUACGUCAGUGGGGCCCUCGACGCGGGCGAGGUCGUCCCUGCGGCGUUGAAGGUGGUCCUGGACACGCUGGACGAGCAGAAGGACCUGCCACCCCACGAGGGUGUCUUGUUCCAGCUCGACUACAUAUCGCUGGCUGACCCCGACACCAUGGAAGAGAUCGACAGAAUCGACCCAUCCAAAGGAGCGAUUCUGAGUGGUGCGAUCAAAAUGCUGCCAGUGUACGCGGCACAGGAAGGCGAGGAUUUAGGCCACAAUAACGGGCCACCAGUGAGAUUGAUAGAUAACAUCAUCUUGCCGCCAAAAGCUUAG